GGAAAUGAGUGAGGGAGAAGUGAGUGAGAGUGUGAGAGAAAGGCAUCCCUCUAAUUCCUCAAGAGGGGAAUCUGAGAAUAGGAGGAGAAGGAGGGACGGACUGACGGAGGGACGCACAGAGGUCUGGGAUACCUCUAAAGAGCUGAGACCCAAAGCGCUGAGGCUGGAGUGGUCGACUGCAGUCAGGGAGAGAACAUCAUUUACAUUACAUUUCAGGGGAAAGGACGAAGCACUUCAGUCUGAGAAAUAGGGGAGGGGGACCGACACUGACUUAUCCCUGACGGACCGACGACCCUGUACAGUGCAGAGAGGAAACAGCAAGCUAUUACGUCUACAGGAGGUCAGCAUUCCACUACUACACGAGCUGGUCACAACUUCAUUACGAAGAGCGUGAAGGAAUCUGAACUGAUACAGAGGGAAAACCCAAAGCCAAAACGCAGGGGAGAUUUGAGGAAAGACAGGAGAGAGAGAACAUUUGAAGCUUGUCCACCUGCUUGAAUAGGUGGAGAAAGAGAGUGCUUCACUGGAACUUCAAGGAGAAGAGGAGAGAAGAAGAGAAGGAGAAGGAGAAGAGAAGCGAGGAGAAGAAAAGGAGAAGAAAAGGAGAAGAAAAGCGAGGAGAAGAGAAGCGAGAGAAGAAGAAGAGAGAAGAAGAGAAAGAGAAGAAAAGGAGAAGAGAGAAGGAGAGAAGGGGAAGAGAAGAGAGAAGAAGAGAAAGAGAAGAGAAGAGAGAGAAGAGAAGGAAAAGAGAGAAGAAGAGAAAGAGAAGAGUGAGGAAGAGAGAGAGGCUCUACCAGGCUGCACGUCAAUUUGACCAUGAGUGUGAGCGGUACACUGGAGAAGGGGACCCACCACCAGGCUCUGGAGCUCUCCGAGGAGCUCUCUCCCCUCAACCACCACCACCCUCACCACCACCACCUCCAGCACUCCAACUCUCUGGCCUCCAGCGCUCCUGUGGGGACCCCCUCCGGCGUGGUGGUGCCACCCCCGUACUCUGCAGCUGAGAGUAGGGGAGGUGGUAACGACGCUCCCCUGGAGCUCCGAGGCUCUCUGGACUGCUGGGCGUGCUCGGUGCUGGUGACGGCCCAGAACCUGCUCAUCGCUGGGAUCAACGCCUGCCUGGCCGGACUGGUGUUCGGACUCAUCCUCACCCCCGCCAUCGCCAUGGUGGUGUUCGGGUUCCUCUGUCAUUCUACGGUGCGCCCUCAUGGGACGUCCCGCUACUGCUCGGACCUGCUGAAUGACGGUGGCUGUGUGGCCCUUCUGGUUGUGGGUUUCCUCCUGGUCACACCCCUCCUGGUCCUGGCUCUGGCCGCCUACUGCCGCCUGGCCCGCCACCUCCAGCUGGGGCUCUGCUUUAUCCCAUACUCCAGGGCUAUCUACAAGAACCUGCCCACCACACAGCACCCUGGCCUGGGAGGGGGCUGCUGUGAACGCAGUGGCGCUGGAGGGGAGGGAGGAGGGAAGGGUAAGGUCUGGGUGUGAGUGGGAGUGGGAGAGGGUGGGGAGUGGAAGCGAUGUGAAGGAAGGUAGUGUCAAGAUCUAUGUAUAGGGGGAGGGAGCGAGGAUGAGCGAGGGAGACACAGAAAGAGGAAGAAAGAGAGGGAGAGAGAAAGAACGGGUGAGGAAGAGAAGGGAGCGCAUGGAGGGAAAGGGAGAGCCAAGAUGAGGAGGAAGACAGGAUGAAAGGAGGGAAGAAUGGCGAGAAGGGAGGAGUAGGAGGAGGAGAACAACCACAGCAGCCAAACUCUUAUCUGGGAAGGCUUCAGUAUAGGCGCCACCGUUUAAAGAACAAAGUAAACCAUUCCUCUGGAGUUCAACCAAAGUAACCUCCUUCACACUACCACGUUUUAUACAACCAAUUUCAUGUAAAAGUUACCUGUCAACAUGUGUGGUUUACUGUGAGAAAACGUUAUAGCAGACCAAAGAGGAGCAGGAUUUUUUACACUGUUCUAGAGUUAGAGGGCAAGAUGGAGAACAAGUCAUCAACAGCAAACGUCUCAACCACACGGCAGGCAAAAUGUUGUUUCUCCAGUCAAACACUGGAUAUUGUAUUAAAGGACAUAAUAUCACUGCCAUGUGUUGACAUCAAAUAUAUUAUUAACAUUGAUUCAACACAGUAUCUUUAAGCAUUUAUCCACCAUGAAGGACCUUCAGUAGAGUUUUGUACAUUUAGUUGACUAUGGUUUAUGACUGCUACUGUUUCUUGUGUAUUUCCUUUUUUCAAAUAUAGUCUAUUUGGAAUCA